AUGUCCAACGACAUCCUCACCCAACUCCAAACCUGCUACGACCAACUCCUGACCCAAUUCUUUGCGACACUCUCCUACCUCUCGCAACGACACCCCUUGGUCGCGCCGGACCCGGACCCGAAUGACCCGUUUACCAAUCCGCCGGCGGGGAUGGCGACAGCCAGAGCCAGCUCUCGCUUUCAAGCCUUAAACCCUCCCAACGACACCACCUCCGCCAUGACCGCGAUCCCGACCGUCAACCCCGGGCCCGAGGACACCGACCGCGCCCCGUUCCCCUUACACCCUGUCCCCCCCGCGACAUUCGCCAAUGCGCAGCGCGAAUUGGCCGAAGAUCUAGUCCUCAAGGGCCAGCAGAUCGAAAUGUUGAUCUCGCGACUUCCCGGGAUUGGGAAGGGAACCCAAGAACAAGCAGAGGACAUUAAGGUGCUAGCGGAUAAAGUCCAAAAAAUGGAGCAGGAACGGCACGCGAGGAGGAGGGAAAUGAAGGAAUAUGCGGACCGGUUGGAACGGGUUAUCAUGGCGAUGGCGGUGAAUGUGGACUACGGCGACGAUGACACUGGCAAUGGCAAUGGCCUGAAUGGGCAUGGAUGA